AUGAAGGCCUCUACAGCUCUCCUCUCAGCCCUCGUUCCCCUCGCAACCGCCUCUGCCGUUUUCAGAAACAAUGCAGACGUCCUACGCUCCGCCGAAUCCAUCCUCCACGGUUUGAACACCAACCACUACUACGACCAAGGGCUGCACACCACCGAAGACGGCCUCAAAACCAUAGCUCAGGUAAUCCUCCACAACGAGGUCCACGGCAACAUCACUUACGAAGACGGCGUCCUCUGGGCCCGCAAAGAUGUGGAGCCCACCAUCUGGAAUCUCAACCAGGACUGCCGCCGAGACAGCAAGGGCUUCCAGAUCUCGGCCUUCGAUCCGUUCGAUCGUAGCAUCUACUGGAAGACAAACUAUGACAAGGUCACUCUCGGCGACAAUGAAUACUACGAUGGAGGCAGUCGGUUUUUGAUCCGGGUCGCCAACGGCCAUAAAGGUGAUGAUAAGAACAAUGGUCAGGCAUCUAUGGCAGGCAUAGACGAGUGCGAGGGCGAUGGAAAGAAGCCCGGUCAUCUUCCGCCUGGUGGAGAGGGGGAUGAUGAAUGGCAGGUUAUGUACAUUGCUACCUCGAAUUCUGGGUGUGUGUACUUCAAUGACGAAGGAAUGUCGAGGGUUGGAACUGUUACUGCUUGUCAUCCGUUUAAGUUUAAGCAGGUGCAUGACUCUGAUGUGCCUGUUUGGGAAGAUCCAAAUGCGCAUUGCCCGUCUGUCUGA